AUGGCACGCAUCGUUGGUCUUGCUCUGGUCCUUGGCGCUCUGGCUGCCCUGGUCACAUGCUUUGUGCCAGGUCUGCCGGGAUCUGCGCCUGCUGCCCGACAAUUGCCCAAGGGCAAGGACCGGAAGGAUGGCAGAGAUAGAUUCAGUGGGUGGAGCGAGCAGCCCGUCGCCAAGGCGGAGGUUCAAAACCAGGGCACCUCCUGGUGGGGUCUUCGCGCCUCCGCAGCUGCCGCCCUGGCGCUACUGCUGGUGCUGCUUCCGAUGGACGCUGCGGAGGCGGCGCGCUCCGGCGGCCGCAUGGGCGGCUCCAGCCGCGGCUUUGCUGCCCGACCGCCGCCCCGGGCGGCUGUGCCUAGGGGUGGCACGGCCAGGGGAAGUGCGGGACCGCGCAUCUCUAUUGGGAUUGGAGCACCGAUGAUUUCGCCAUUCGGCUACGCACCUCUGAGUCCGUUCAGCCCUUUUGGCUAUGGUGGCUUUGGGUUGGGGGUGCCUGUGCCCUUGGGCCCAGUGGGGCCGUCUGUGAAUGAUCAGAUGCUUCAGAAGCAGCAAGCGCAGGAUGAACGGAAGAUUGAUGAGCAGAAGCAGGAGAUCGCAGCGCUGAAGAAGGAAUUGGAGGACUUGAAGUUGAAGAAGUAG